UCCGCCGUUUCUUCCCUCCCUUAUUUCUCCUUUUCUCCCUCGCCCUUCCUCCUCACAAGGCCCGCGGAAGAAAAUCACUGGCAGAGGUGAAUACUCACGCUCACAACUGCUGCCCUUUACAAACCCUAGGUUGAGAAGAGAAAGGGACUCGCUCACGGCAACCGCUUGCUCCAUUUCCAUUAUCACAUAGCAGAAGCCCCAAAUCAGUCUGCCAUUAGUCAGACACAUAUCUCUCUGAUAUUCAUCUAGUUUGAGAAGGCUUGAGGAAUGGGUCUUACUGUGCUUUACUUUGAGUUCUGAUUGUGGGAUGACAAAUUACAGCUUUAUUGAGCUGCUGUAUAGUUGUGAAUAAAUCAGUUCCUUAAUGUUUCCAGCUUUCCCAUUACCAAACAGGUGAAAUUACCAACACCACAGUUUAUCAAACAGGGUUUCCAGCUUUCACCCUACCAAUUUUCACUUGCAUCCCCGAAUCUAGGAAAGUCAACAGCAGGGGUAAUUCCCAGGGAGACUGCAUUGAAAGUUAUCAAACGCCAAGUAUUUCUCGAUAGCAACCAGGAGGAAGAGGGUACCCAAUAUUUGUAAAUAUGACUGACAAGGGCAACAAUGGAGUUGACGAAAUGCAAGUCGAUGUUUAUACGCAUGAACAGAGGAAAAAGGGCAGCAUUCCUGAAGGAUUUAAUGCUGAUUAUUUGAAACUCUACUAUGCUAAGCUCUUUCCUCAUGUCGAGAUCUUUAAGUGGAUGUCAUAUGGAAAUGAUGGAAAGCACCCAGCACGUGACACGUCAUACUUUGGAAGGAGGGAAUUUUCUUUCACUCUAGAUAAUGAUGUAUAUUUGCGCUUCCAGUCAUUCAACAGUGCUGCAGAACUGGAAAAUUCGAUAAAAGAGAAGUGCCCAUUUAAGAUAGAUAUUGGACCUGUGUACAGUGUCGAUCCUGCUAAAAGGCACGCAUAUGCACAAGCGGGUGAUAAUGUUUUCAAGCCAGUGGAAAGGGAGCUUGUUUUUGACAUUGAUAUGUCAGAUUAUGAUGAUGUUCGAUACUGCUGUUCCGGAGCAGAUGUCUGCUUGAGCUGUUGGCCACUGAUGACCAUAGCUAUUAAAGUGAUAGACUUUACUCUGAGAGAGGAUUUUGGUUUUAAUCACAUUCUUUGGGUAUAUAGUGGUCGACGUGGUGUUCAUUGUUGGGUUUGUGAUGGAAGGGCAAGAAGGCUAAAUAAUGAACAAAGAGCUGCCAUUGCUGACUAUUUUCGAGUAUACAAGGGCAAUGAAAACAGCCAUAGAAAGGUAUCUUUAGCUGGUCCAGCCAUGCAUCCUUUUAUCUCGAGAUCAUAUGCAGAUGUCCUGAAGCUCUUUUUUGAAGAGAAGCUGCUUUGUGGCCAAGAGUUAUUGUCAACUGAAGAGAGAUUUCAAAUGAUACUUGAUAUGAUACCUGAUGAAUCAAUCUCUGGUCAACUUCAAGAGAGGUGGAAAGCAAGUUGGCGCCCUUCUAUGUCCAAAGAGGAUAUUAACAUUGUCCGAUGGGGUCAAUUGAAACACAUUUUGCAGUCUGGGAAGCAAAAGGCACCGGUACUUCGUAGAUGCGUAGAAGAGAUUGUUUUCACAUACACUUAUCCUAGACUUGAUAUGGAGGUUACAAAGCACAUGAAUCAUUUGCUCAAAGCUCCUUUCUGUGUGCACCCAAAAACUGGCCGUGUUUGUGUUCCGAUUGAUCCUGAACAUUGUGAAGAUUUUGAUCCUACAUCCGUGCCAAGCCUUGCAGAGCUGCUAGAGGAACUGAACAUGGCAGGUUCAAGUAAUGCCGACUCUGGGUGGGAAGGGACCUCCUUAGCCAAAUCAGUGAGCUUCUUCAAGUCAUCUUUCUUGCAGCCACUAUUGAAAUCUUGCAAGGUAUUUCUUCCACCAAUGCCCUCAGAACUAGAGUGCCAGCCAAUUCAAUUGGUGUCAGCUGGAGUUGAUUAUUUGUAGUCUUUCAUGACGUGCUGAAUGAGAUGUUUUGUGUGUUGGAUUCCAACAGUUCAAUCGGCAGAAAAUCCAAUGAAAUCAAUAUAAAAAAAGAGAGAUCACAGGGUAACAGACUGGUCACCACCUCUUGGAAAGAAAUAUAAGAUUGAAAUUGAUUUACAGUUCA